GAGUCAUUGCGGGGGUAGGGGAACGGGACCGUUGGCCCGGGCACGGUGAAUACCCUUGUCUUUCGUUUCCUACCACGCUGGGCUCCGACCGGCUUGCGCAACGAGAACGAGUAUCUGUGGAAAGUCUCACUCUCACGCGCCUGCUCUCGGUUCGCUGCACUUGUUGCUUCUGCUCGAGCGUGUAGUGGAGCUGGGGGAGGUACGGGAAACCCAUGACUUCCGUGUUUUUCCUCUCCGGCUCGAGUAUAAAACUUCUGCAAUGGAUAGAGGCAACAGAUCACUCACAAACAAGCAAGCAGGGGUGUGGCGCGCGUGAUACAACAGAAGAGACUGUAAACCUGCGGCCGUUUAAUAAAAUCGUACUGAUGGAGACAGAGAAGACUCAUAAACAAUAUUUUGUACAAUAGCGAAUUAUUGUUUAUUCCCGGUUCAAUAUUGGAUUAAUCAUCCCCGUUAAGAGCUAGGUGUUCCCGGUGCACAUACGGAGCAGUCUGGAUAUCCGACAGCAGCACGCCUCUCUCUGCAGCCCGCUGUUCGCGCUAACAGAGACUACCGGGCUUCGCAUCGGCAACGAGAUGGACGUAGAAUCCCUGAAAAAUAGCGCGAGACCCCGCGUCAGGUGCCUGGAUGUGUUCCUGGUCGUGUCGGUUAUCUCCCUUUUCCUCGCGGUCGUGGCCGUGGCUGGACUUGGAACGAUGGCCAUCUCGGAGUUGCGGUUGAGCGUGAAAUCAAGGUCAAGUGUUAACGUGCAACCGUCCUGGUUGACCGAAGCCGGUUCACAGGCGAGACUGAAUAGUGACUCCGGUUCAACCGUAUACAAGAUGCAGAACUUUGCCUACCUCAGAGCCUCCACCAGCGAACCACAAAACAGCACGCUGGCGUUGUCUCCUGUAGCCUACGGCUCCGGGAGCUCUGUGGGCUCCAUCUACGACUACAACACGGCCCAGAACAUUCUCCGGCUCACCAGGAGCUCCUCCUACUUCCUGUACCUGGACCUGCACCUCACCUGCACGGCGCGCUGUCCCCGUGGUCACCUGACCGUCACCGUGGGCGAGCACCUCACCUGCCGGGUGGAGCUUCCGGAGUGGGCGGAGUCGACGCCGAUAACCAGGAAGUGCUGGGUGGUGACCCAGAUGGAAGCAGACAGUCGGUUGGUCGCCCAGAUGACGGUUCCGGAGCAGGGGGCAAAGUUAUGGAGGCUGGACGAGAAUCAUUCCGGAUUGGGGAUCUUCCUGGUGGACUGAUUCAGAAACAGGUCCAAGUUAAGGUGCAUUUGAUUAAGUUCAUCUGGUCACACUUGCUCAGUGUAGAUGGGGGAAACUUUGUUUCUUUCACCCUGACACUCCUAGUGAAAGAGGCCAGGGUGUGUAAAUCGAACGAACCCAAUAUCGAGCUGAUCCUCAGUCUGACUGGUGAACUCCAAAGAGACUGCAAAUCCCACAAUGCACUGUGUGCACUUUGACCUUUCCACCCCAUGAAGGACAUGGCCACAGAGACAAUGUCAAAACCCACUUAUAUUUAUAUUUUAUUUUUCCAAUCUUAUUUAUAUUACUCAUGGUGUAUUUAUGUACUUAAAAUAAUUUUGUUGUAUUUAUAUUUUUGUAUUUAAGUUGGCUGUAAGAAUGUAAUUGUGGUGUAAUUUUUAUAACGAAUGUAGGGAUCACUACUCAAUAAUAUAAGUACACUCUGAAGCCAGAUGGGUGGGAUGUAUUUAUUUAGCUCCGCCACAAAGCUGUUCCCAAGCUGCACCUUGGGCAUGCCAGGCCAGACAAAUCAAGUGUACCUCAUGUUUGUAUCAGUUGCAGGUACUGGUCACGCAUCUCUUCUCCCUCUUUCUUAUGUUUUGUUUGUUUGUUUUCUUCUUUCUUUCGCUAUCUCUACCUUUCUCUAAGGGAGAGGAGUGCCCUAAAUCAAUUCUCACUGAGUGAGAAAAAAUACCACAGUUGUCAUGGCGAAAAUGGAACGUUCUGGUCCCAUGGACCAAUGGCGUUGCAGGAGUGACACGGUGUGUUUGUACAGGGCUCUGGAAGCCCUCUGUAUCAGUGCUGUCCUGAAAUGUUGAACAGGACAAUAAAGAAUAACAUG